CAUUUGUCCGUCGUCGCUCCUCCGCUCACAUCCGCUCGACCUGCUAUUUGUGUUGGAAAAAGGACUUUGUGAAACUGCAGCGAUGUCAGUCCAGGUUGUGGCAGCGAAAAUGGCAGAGGUCGAACUCAAAGACGUCCCCACCGGCAAAGACUUGCCGGCCGGUUCCCCGAUGACACCGACCUCGGAGGGCAAGACCCUCGCCAGAAACGACCCACACGAGGCCGGUUCCUCUGCCGCUGCUUCCCCUACAGCGGAGCCCUCCGCGAAAGCCGGGGAAGGCAGCCUGGGCUUGCUCACCCCGAACCCCGCGAAGAUGCCCCAGGCGUCGGCUAUGAAGCGGUCGGACCCGCAGCAGAACGGCGGAGAGGCUUUUGUCAACCGUGACGGUACCGUUGCCGAAGCACCGCGGAUGAAGAAGCAGAUCCAGUUUGCGGACCAGAAACAGGAGUUCAACAAGCGUCCUUCCAAGAUCGGCCGGCGCUCUUUGUCCCGCUCCAUCUCCCAGUCCUCCACAGACAGCUACAGCUCAGCGGCGUCAUACACGGACAGUUCUGACGAUGAGACGUCUCCUCGGGACAAACAGCAGAAGAACUCCAAAGGCAACGGAGACUUCUGCAUCAAAAACAUCAAACAGGCCGACUUUGGACGCAGAGAGAUCGAGAUUGCCGAGCAAGAGAUGCCAGCCCUGAUGGCUCUGAGGAAGCGAGCCCAGGGGGAGAAACCCCUCGCCGGUGCCAAAGUGGUGGGCUGCACCCACAUCACUGCCCAGACUGCUGUACUGAUGGAGACUCUGUCAGCUUUAGGGGCUCAGUGCAGAUGGGCAGCCUGCAACAUCUACUCCACUCAGAAUGAAGUGGCAGCUGCCCUGGCGGAGGGAGGUUUCAGUGUAUUUGCAUGGAAGGGUGAGUCAGAGGACGACUUCUGGUGGUGCAUCGAUCGCUGUGUCAACGUGGAAGGCUGGCAACCCAACAUGAUCUUGGAUGACGGUGGAGACUUGACUCAUUGGAUCUACAAAAAAUACCCCAACAUGUUCAAGAAGAUCAAGGGCAUUGUGGAGGAGAGUGUUACCGGCGUGCACAGGUUGUAUCAGCUGUCCAAGGCAGGAAAGCUGUGUGUUCCCGCCAUGAACGUCAACGACUCAGUGACCAAGCAGAAGUUCGACAACCUCUACUGCUGCAGGGAGUCCAUCUUAGACGGCCUGAAGAGGACCACUGAUGUCAUGUUUGGAGGCAAACAGGUGGUGGUGUGUGGAUACGGGGAGGUGGGAAAAGGCUGCUGUGCUGCCCUCAAAGCAAUGGGCUCCAUCGUCUACGUCACAGAGAUCGACCCGAUCUGUGCCUUGCAGGCGUGCAUGGACGGCUUCAGGCUGGUCAAACUGAAUGAAGUCAUCAGACAAGUGGACAUCGUCAUCACCUGCACAGGCAAUAAGAACGUGGUGGUGAGAGAGUACCUCGACCGCAUGAAGAAUGGCUGCAUUGUCUGCAACAUGGGACACUCCAACACCGAGAUCGAUGUGGCAAGCCUGCGGACCCCUGAGCUGACCUGGGAGAGAGUGCGCUCGCAGGUGGACCACGUCAUCUGGCCCGACGGCAAGAGGAUCGUGCUGCUGGCUGAGGGUCGCCUGCUGAACCUGAGCUGUUCCACUGUGCCCACUUUCGUGCUCUCCAUCACCGCCACUACCCAGGCUCUGGCUCUGAUAGAGCUGUACAAUGCUCCAGAGGGACGCUACAAACAGGAUGUUUACCUGCUGCCCAAGAAGAUGGAUGAGUAUGUGGCCAGCCUACACCUCCCCACGUUUGACGCACAUCUUACAGAACUGACUGACGAGCAGGCCAAGUAUCUGGGCUUGAACAAGAACGGGCCCUUCAAGCCCAACUACUAUAGGUAUUAAACAAGUGUUGGGGUUGGACUGAAGAAGUACAAAUACUCCACGAAUGGCACAGACUCAUAGAGGAUGAGGAGGACAGAAGGAAGGACGGACGGACAGAAUAGUCAAAACACCUGCUUUAUAUUCUUGGGGGGGGAGGGGAGGGGAGGAGCUCGGACCGAGCCUAAGGGGGAAGGGGCGGAGGGGCGUGGCUUUCCCUGCGCUUAUGGCAGUCGUUUUAUUUAUUCACACUCGACAACAAUAAUGAUAACAUUAACUCUAACUCUGCCAUUCGCCGUUAGCUACCUUCCUACUCGUCAUUUCACCAUUAUCUCUUUAGACGCUCAUUUGUGUGUCGAGUUGUAUGUAAAUCCUCCACCCUCCCCUCCCCAUUGCCAGAUCUUUUAUUGUUUAACUAUUAAAGAUGAAAUUAUUGAUGCUAAAAAAAAAAGAUAUAUACUAUAUAUAAAAAAAAAAACUUGAUUAAAAAAAAAAAAAAUUCUGUGUGAAUGAAGAUGACCGUUAAAGAUUUAGUGACGGACAUUUUUUCCUGUCCUUUUUUUCGUUGUCGUCGUCUUUUCUUUUCUACUUGUGAUUAUCUUUUGUUUUUCUCUUGUGUAAUACUGCGAGGGCGGGGUUAGACCUAGUAGGGGAGGGGGUUAGGCGGGAUCUCAGGGUCCAAUCAUAUCAUGUCUUUUAUUUGACCGUUCUAUUGAGAUUCACCGUUUUGUCUGUUUUUAAACAUUUUUUUAUGCGUACUGUCCCUUCGGAUCAGCCUGUAGUUUGUCAGAACUUCUUGUUUUUCUUUAUUUUUUCUUUAAGUAUGACUGGAUGUUGACCGGUUCUUCCCACCUGUCAAUCAAAUCCGCAGUGAAACCAUCUCAUUGGCUGCUUCUCUUUUGGCUUCCAGCUGCUCACGUAGCGCCAGUGUUGAAGUAAUGAAAAGUAUUUCAAGCUAGUGAGAAGCUAACCUUUUUCAUUUUGUCUUUCCCUUUACCAAGAAUGACUAUACUGUAUUAGAAGCAUGGCAGGUUGUCAGAUCAUUACAAGGGGUAUACUGUAUAUUUAGAUAUUUAUAUUGAAAUUAAGAUUUUUCUAUCUUUUUCUCUCGUACGCCAUCUAAUAUCAUUACUUUUUGGGGGAAAAAAUCAUAUGUCAUAAAGGUAAGCAAUUAAAUGUUCUAAUGAUAAGUGUAAUAAAUGUAGUUAAACCCUCAUUUUUAAUACUGUGACAGAAAAUAUUUACAGAUACCAAAUGUGCAGCAAGUUGCUGCCUGGCCGGUACUUAAGCAGAAAUCUUCAAUCAGGUCCUCAUUGAAAAGUAUGGUGCUGUUGAGAUUUACUGUAUUUACCAUACAUGCCACAACUCUUUGGUACUCACAGAUAAUCUGGGAUCUGAAUUCCACCGCAAUAUAUUUUCUCUGCAUCCAAGAAACCAGUUACCUUUUCUGCAAAUUCAUCGGGUUUUCCCCCCUUUUUUUUUUUUUUUACAAAAAGAUGUCCAAACUCGCCAUCCCUGAUUUUUUUUUUUUUUUAUUUAAUUUUUUUUAAUAUAUAUAUUUUAGCUUCUUCUUCCCACCUGAAAGGCUUACAUUCUGCCGGUAUAAUGAGCUGCACAGCCGUCAUCCUCGGCAGCUCGGUGGAAAUUAGGAAGUCCUGACAGUCAUUUCACCUGACAGCCAAGUGCACCCCGCCGCUAUACCGGCUCUGCACCUGAUCCAAUCAGAUUCUCUGCUAACCUGCAGGGAGACGCUGCCCGCUCUGCUCUAUCAGAGAGGGAUCAAAUGCUUAAACACACACACACACACACACACACACACACACACACACACAUACAUACACAGUACCUCAUUAUCCAGGUCUGAAGAUUUACUGCUCUGCAUAUGGAAAAUAAAUAUGAUCAUUUAAAAGCUUUUGAACAGGAGGAAAUGGCACAAAAAGCUUUGUUUACCAUUUGAACAGACACAUUUGCUCACACAAUGUACAAAUUUGCCACAUUUUCAUGCAACUAUGUUUGUGUGUGAGUUUAUCAUGAUACCAACCAAAGUCUUUAAAGGAAUGCUUUGACAUUAUCCACUUUCUUGCUGAGAGCUGAGAAAAUUCAUACCACUGUCAUGUCUAUAUGAUAAAUAUGUUCCUGGAGCCAGCAGCCAGUUAGCUUAGGUUAGCAUAAAGCUAAAAAAAAAGGUAACACAAUCCAAUUACCAGCACCUCUAAAGCUUAGUUUUUGUACAAAUUAAUAAAAACAGAUGCAACAUGUUAAUUAGUGAGCAUUAAAGCUGCUGGUAGGUUGACUUUAUUAUCUUUUUGGAAGGAACCAGGCUAGCCGUUUCCCCCUGCUUCUAGUCUGUAUGCUAAGCUAGGCUAACCUGCGGCUGUCCCCAGCGACACAUUAACCAUAUAGACAUGAGAGUGAUAUUAAUCUCCUCGUCUCACUCUCUGCAAGAUAGCGAACAAGGGUAAUUCCCAAAAUGUCAAAGUAUUCCUGUUAAAUUUGGUUAAAAAAAAACAAAUGAAGAAAUUUGAAAGGUGUGUAGGGACCUCUCAGAUAAACCCAGCCCAUACACGUAUGUAAUGACAAGAUCCCACACUGUGUCACAGCCCCUACAACCUCAAUGUCCCAAUGUCUCCUGCCAGUGUGUGUGCAUUUGUCUCUUCGUGCUAUUGAGAAUCCCCUCUUACAGUAGUGUGACCUGUUGUCAGUAGUUCCUACACCUGUUGUUUCGAGUCUUAUUUCUUCCCUUCUUUUUAAGUGUGAGUGUGUGUGUGUGUGAAAGAGUACGUGACCUCUUGAGAAAGCUGAUUGUGUGUGUGUGUGUGUGUGUGUGUGUGUGUGUGUGUGUGUGUGUGUGUGUGUGUGUGUGUGUCUGUCUGUCUCUAAAUGUCUUUCUGUGUUUGUACACAUCCUUUUUAUUGUAGGCCAUGGUUGCUUCGCUAACAGCUGCCUCAGGAUCCUAGCCUGUGCGUUAGGGGGAAGAAACCAUUUUUUUUGUUUCGUCAGCCGUAAGCUGACCAACACGUGGGUGGGCGGGGGAUGACACCAGCAUCGUAUAUGUAUAUACAUAAUAUAUACAGAUAUGACAACCUUUAAAAGUAUAGGAAGGUAAAAGAAGACUCGACUCCUGUAUUUAUUGUUGUAAAUCCUCAUACAGUACAAACUGGCAAAAUUCUCAAACAUGUUUUAAGUUGUCUAAUAAAGAAAAACCCUAUGUUUAAAUAUUGCAAGUGAUAAUGGUAGAUGAUGAGCAAUAAUUUAAAAAAUUCUGUAAUCUUAAUGAAUAAACAUUUAAAAAUUGUAA